AUGAAUGCUUCAGGCACAAAGUAUGUUUCAGUUUCUUCUCCGCACACUUGCAACAUGAGUAUAAAACAUGUUCCUCAGCAUGUACUCCUGCAGCCAGAUUUCCACCCUGCGAAUUGGAAAAGGCCGUCUGUGAGAGAAAGCCCCCUUUGCUUAAGCCUGCUCAGCUCCCAAGAGUUGGACUCUGAAAGCCUUGUUCAGGAGACACAGUAUCAGAAGCGGAUUCGUGAAAACGAAGAGCUGGUAGAACUGUAUUCUGAUGAGUUGGAGAAUGACAGCCUAGAAGAAGAUAGCUUGGAGGAGAUGAGUUUAAAAGAACAAGGAGCCGAGUAUGAUGCAAAUCAAUAUACAAAUGAAAUACAAAAGAAUGAUGGCAAAGGAAGGAAGCAGCAGUCUGUAGACAAAUAUUUCAGCCUAAGAUACAAUCCUGACUGGAAGAACACAAAAGAGGUUGCAGAGUUUUCUGAGGCAGAAAAAGCAUGUCAAGCUGCUGGAGAAAGCAGUGCAGACUUUUCACAAAAUUCAUUUUACUUGCGUCCCACUGGCUCCCCAGAGGAAAAAAAUCAACAGGAGUCAAAGUUGCAAGAUUCAUUCUCUGAGUUCGGUGCAGAGUUACUAAGCUUUCAUGAACCAUAUGCUGUGGUCAGCGACGAACCUUUCAGGCUACAUAGCGAAGGGCUGCCUGCACAUGGCUGUCAUGCCAAAGGUAGUCCCGCUACCUGUGGCAGUGCUGCUCCUCUUCGGACUCAGAAAGAUCGACCACAAAGAGCAAAAAAAGACUUUGUGGAAAAAAAUAAACGGACUUUAGGAUUACGUUCAGAGAAGAUAAAUUCCUAUCUUCAAUUAUACAGUAAAAACCAAGAAGUUCUUGAAGAGCAGGUUACAGGUGCUGAAACUGUUGAUGAGGAACCUGUUCAGAGUGUUCUGCCGUUCCAGACUGUGAAAAUGGAGCCUGAAGACAAAUGGUACCUGAAAGCACAGCAGCUCAAGGAUCACCAGAGUAAGUCCUUCCAGAGAAAUAAAUUAAGAUCCAACCAGAGUCUCAAAAGGAGAGCUUUCCCAGGGAAUGAUAACCAACAACCAGCAGGAAGAUCAGCAGAAUCAAAGUCUUGGCACCACCAAAUAUCAGAAUUCCAGUCUGCUCCCGUGCAGGCAGUGAAGCAAGACAACAGCAGCACAUGGCAGAAAUAUCCAGAUCCCUCUGUUGGCGCUGACACUAACAAAGCAGCAAAUUCAAAUACUUCCUUAAAUAAUUUCCCAAAUUCAAGGCGUUUUGUUAGUCAGGAUUUUACCACACCUGCGUAUCCUUUUCAUCCAACAUUACAUAAAUUUAACCCACCAGAGGCUAUAUCUCCAGCAUAUACCAGCAAGGAGAACAAGAAAUGUCAUCAUGAUUCUCUGAAUGGACUUCCACACGAGCAGCAACACAACCAUGCCACUGUGCAGGUUUUGGCAAGAGGUGACAGUGCCAACGGCCAAGCACAAAUGAUGGAACAACAUCACCAAGAAAUCAUUCAUUUGACAGAGGCUCAUUUAGCUGACAGGGACUUGUUCCGCCUACUUUCACCUAUAAGCCCACAGCCAGACAGUAGUUUAGAGACUGAUAUCCAGAGCAGUGAAGGAAAUCGAGUGCAAAUAAACCGAAGCAGCUCAGAAGGGUAUCUCAUGCAAAUGGAAAAGCAAAACCAGCCUGAAGUCAGCAAGAAGCCAUAUAGCUCAAAAGCCUACAUAAAUCUGAAUGUGAAGCUCGGAGGACUUGGACCUGACUAUGAAGCAAUCAAAGAGAAAAAAGAGAAAUUAAAGCAGCAAAAGGAAUAUGCAAAGCAAAUUAAGGAAUACAAUAUGAGAACCAUUGCUUCGGUUCAGAGGAUACCUACAAAGCCCCAGGUCGUAUCUUCAGUGUUAAGGCAGAAGGCGCUGGAUUAUGCAAAGAAGAUUCCUCGACCGAAGACUUUCAGAGUAAGACAGUCCGUUGAAGAGGUGAAGGAAGGAAGGGUUCUGCCACAGACCACUUUAAAUGGAGACCGUUUACCUCGAAUUGCAUCCGUGGAACCUUUGCAAAAUAGACACGAGAAGGAGAAGGAAAUUUUAGCUGCUUUCAGAACUCUUCGUAUCUUCUAA